AUGUCUGCGCCCAACGGGGCGCCCACGCUCGCCCAGCCCAUCCCUAUCACCUCACCUCCCACUUCCGCCGUUCCCGCUUCGGCUCCCAAAGCAGGCUCUAGCGUCAUCCCGCCCUUCUCGCCCACUCCCCAUCAUGCUACCUCCACUAGCGCCAGCGCUUCCAAUACGGGCAGCAUCGCUCGCCGACCGUCCCGAGCACAACAUCCACCUAUGACGGCCACCCCACCCGCUCGGCCCUUAUCCCACGAAGAGGCUCUAGAGGCGCUGCGCGCGUUCCUGAAGGAACGGAGUAGCUACGAUGUCUUCCCGGUCUCAUUCCGGCUGAUCGUGCUGGACACGCAGCUGAAGGUGAAGAAGGCGCUGGAUGUGAUGUUGCUGUAUGGGGUGGUAUCGGCGCCGCUGUGGAAUACGGAUACUGCUAAGUUUGCAGGCAUGUUCACGGUGCAGGAUGUCAUUCACCUUAUUCAAUACUACUACCACAACUCAUCCUACGAGAGCGCAGCUGCAGACGUCGAGAGCUUCCGACUGAAGUCUAUCCGAGAAAUGGAAAAGGCCAUUCAAGUCCCUCCACCACCACUCCUCUCCGUCCACCCUCUUCGACCAUUAUACGAUGCCUGCCGCUUUCUCAUUCGCACACACGCGCGGAGACUGCCAUUGAUCGACAAGGACCCGCAGACGGACGGAGAGGUCGUCAUUAGUGUUUUGACACAGUACCGAGUACUGAAGUUCAUCGCUAUGAACUGCCGCGACAUCACUCAAUACCUCACAUUAUCAGUCCAAGAACUCGGAAUAGGAACCUACAUCUCCUCGCCGCCUACUUCGAACGGGGACGGCGAAAAUACCAACGGCUCCUCGCACAACCCCUUCCACCCUAUCUUUACGGCCACGAUGCAGACCACAGUAUUCGACGUGGUGCACAUGUUCUCAGAGCAGGGUAUAUCAGCGGUGCCGAUCGUGGACGAGGAUGGGAAGGUGUUGAACCUGUACGAAACAGUUGAUGUCAUUACACUCGUCCGGAACGGUGCAUUCCAGGCUCUCGACCUGAACAUCGCUCAGGCACUCAAACAACGAGCGGUCGACUUCCCAGGCGUAGUCACAUGCUCGCCUCGGGACUCGCUUGCGGCCGUCUUUUCGCUCAUCAAGAUACGGCGGGUGCAUCGGCUAGUAGUCGUGCAGGGCGCGGACGAUCCGGAGCCGGGGAAGUUGGUCGGCGUCAUCAGUCUCAGCGAUAUUCUUCGAGCUCUCAUCGGUACGGAUGUUCAACCUGGAAAGUCAGGCGUAGGCGCCGAACUGGUCGAUAAGGCUCUGCGAGCAGAAGCGGCCGAGACUGCCACACCGGCUGAGGAAGGCGUGCCGACCCCCCUGGGACAGUCGGUCGACUCGGCGAUAUAG